AGUUUCAAAUGCAUCACAUCUUUCAGUUACAGAGGCUUCUGCAGCAAUGUCCAUUGCUACUUAAAGAAAGCAAAUGGAGCCUUGGUUUCUGUGUACAUGUAUUUGAGUACUGUAAAGUUUGCAAGAGAGCCCUCCAAACUUCCCACAGCCUUGUAUCAUCUGUAACAGGGUCUCUGGUUUUUGCCAUGUCAUCUGACAGCCACCAGCUCCACACCCACUGCUACCAGGACUCACUAAGUUCUCCUUGUCACAGUCUCUUGAAUGUCAACAGUCACCCCCUGUCCAAGAGCUCCUCAAAUCUGGCCUGUAUUGGGAGUUUAGAGGAAAGGCAAAAUAAGCAGGAGCUGAAGAAAAGCCAUAGUAGCACCAUCUGCCAUAUCCUGGAAAACAGGAGUGAUGCAAGGAGUGUGCAGAGUCCUGGAUGGUCCUCCUCACAGCCUGGGAUGAUGGGGCUUGGAUCAGAGGUCCCAGCCAUAAAUGACCAGUCAGUCAAUGACCAUUCCGAGGGAAGAACUAAGAAUACAAACCAUGUACUUGUCACUGAACAGUCCUCAGCAUCCUGGGCAGUGGGGGACACUAAGAUGUGUGUGAAGAGCAGCACUGCUGAGAAUGUUUCUUCAGCCUGCUUUGUUCACCAGCAAGGCAUGUGUGAAAUGGAAGAAUCAGGAAUGGCCCUUCAGAGAAGCCACUCAGACCUAACCUGCAGCUGCAAACAGCAGACUCAUGUCACUCACAUAGAAACCAGUGCUGCUCACCCCAGCCUAAGCUCUUCUGGCUGCAGGCAUGGUCCACCAGUGGCUGGGAUGCCUUUCCAAACACAGAGAUAUGGAUCAGAAACAAAUCAAAACACAUCUCACUAUCAAAACCUUGUGACUCAUCUUCCUGUCCUACCUAGAGACCAACAAGUACCCACAAAUACCUUUGACAGUGGCAGUAUUCCACGUAACACUACUGUUUACACAGAUCCUGGCACAUUUCACACUGCUGUUCUAGGACCCCACAUGCCUGGAAACAGUUUCCCAAACAGGACAACGUUCAGUCAAGCCCCUGGGAUUAUUCAUGGUGGUCUGACUUAUGGUAAUAUUCCCAACUCUGCCUACUCCCCCAUGGUGAUGACAGUUCACAACAACUCAGUGGGGCCCUGCAGUCUUAGGCAGGACACCUUGAAGGCAGAUGCCACCAUCCCAGCCUAUUGCCACUCCUUGCCCAUCCCAUCCAUCCAGCUCAUCCCACGGUUGGUGUGCUCCGUCAGUGAGACAGGAAAAGAGCAGGCAGCACCUGGCUACUUUCAUUCCUUUUCUGCUUCAGACAUUCUGACAUAUCCUAAGCUGGUCUCUUCAGUAAGUGAAUCAGGCCUGGAUGCCAAGAAAAUCCUGAAGUGCUGUAACGUUCCUGGAGAACAACUGCAACCUGCUCCUCAGGAGAGAGCUCCUCCAGAAGCCGAGGCUGCCUGUGUUGCUCUGAGCAGCCAGCAAGGUGCAGACAUGGUAGUGACAACUAAGGAUAUGUGGACUAUGACCUCUAUGAAUGACAUAACCAAAGGCCUGAAACCGGCUCUGGAGCGCAGAGAUGCCGAGGUACAAACUCUUCCAACCAUGGAAUGCAAAUCAGUGGCAACGAGCCCAGCAGCUGCAGCAGAAGGUCACUCUCAUGUGUUCCCAGAGGUGAACCUGGAGCAGGGCUUGGAGGCCCCCAAAUCUCCAGUUCGUGAAGUGAGAUGGGAUGAUGAAGGAAUGACGUGGGAAGUGUAUGGGGCAUCUGUGGAUCCAGAAGUCCUCGGGGUAGCCAUUCAAAAACAUCUCGAGUUUCAAAUAGAACAGUUCCAGACAGAGCCUGCUGAGGCAGCUGGGAAAAGUAAUAAGGAGCCACGCACUGAAAAAACUGGGAAGAAAAGGCCUUUCAGAACAAUGAUGCAUUCCCUGAGAUAUCCAAGCUGCUGUGCUCGCUCCAGUACUGCAGUGGAGUGAGCACAGCUGUAGGGUGCAGCACAGCUGUGCUGCUUUUAAACUGUACAUAAAUGCUGACUCUUAAGUGUUAACACAGUAUAUGUGGACAGCCCACAUCAGGAUGAGUGGGAAAAGUUCAGUGAUCAUCAAUAUACCUUAAAGCAAGGAGAAGUCCAUGGCUGGACCAUAUAAGAGAAAACAUAAGAUUAUACUUAAAUAAUGCCAUCCAAAUGCUCUUGACUGUAUUUAGUGUAGCACUGUUUCCUUCUAUGUUAGUUUUAAAUUAUAUUGUAAGGAAUGGAAUUUCUUUUUUAAUGAUACAUCUUUUUGAAAUAAUGAUUACUUUUUUUCUGUAUUUUAAUAAUUUAGAUUUAGUAAAAAUGCUUUAAUCAAAGUUCUUAGCUUUAAAUCAAAUUCCCUUAAAUUGUUUUGGCAGCUGUUUUGCUGUUAAUUUAAUAAUCCUGACUAUAAGCCCACUUUAACUGUAGACAAAAUAACAAACUUGUGUAAUGUUCUAUGACAAAGAAUUGUAACUUUUUUCUACAUAACUGUGAAGUAAUUUUAGUGUUGCUAAUCUGAACUCGUCCCUUUGCAAGCUCACGUACAGUUGGAGGACACUCUUUCAACUUUCCAAUUAGUUUGCAGUUAUGAUGAAUUACACUCUAAAUAUCCAGAACUUAUGUUCACCAAGUGAUUGACACAAAUGUACAGUCUUACCAAAGAUGACUGAUGUAAUGUGAAUUACUUACUGAAAGCUUGUUUUAGAGACCUGAAACGGAAGCUGUUCAGAUUAGUCUGUGGCACCACCAUGCCCUACAACUCACAAGCAGUUUUGGUUUGCUUACAUUAAAAGUAAUUUCCAGUGAGUUCUUUUUAUGUGCAUCUAUCCUGAGCUGUGGUUGUUUGGCUCUUGCAUAAGCCACAGGGGACAGUUUGCAUGUAACCUUUGCCUGUCUUGUGUUCCCUCUCUGCUCUGACGUCAGGCAUCUGCUGAAAGUGAGACCUUGUGUCUUCCCCAAAGGACAGUCCUAAGGUUAUUCUGAGUGCCUUGGUCAUUUGGGCAGCUUAAAGAUUUAUUUUCUUCUAGAAACAACUUCACAAACAAGUUUUCAAUGAGAAACCUGUUAUGAUAGUGUAAUGCAGCUGUAGUGCAGGGCCUGUUUGAAGUAAAAGAUUUGUCAAAGAAGCUGAGAAUACUGUUUCUAGUGUCAUAUGUGCCUUUGGUGAAUGCCUAAGAUUCUUGGGGAAAUGAGAUGUGCAAUAUUUUUUUUAUGAGAGAGAAGAGAAACAUUCAUUUCUGUCUCAAAGGAAAACUUGCAGUGCCUGAGAACUUACUGCUGUGGAAUUGCUGACUCUUACUUUAAAUGUGUGGGGCUGUGCUUUGUUGGUUUGGUUUGGUUUUUGUUCCAGUAAGUUAACAGACUGAUGCCACAAUGUUCAUCUGACAUUUGCAUAUCAAGAGGAACCCCUGGUGAUUAGGACAGCUUUAAACAUUCAUCUAUAAAAUCCUUAAAUAUAGGAUCUCCUAGCUGGAAUGUCCUGUGAUUAAUUUAAUAAUGUAGAGUAGUUCAAGAUCAAAUUUUCACUCCUGGGCAAAGUGGGAUUUAACAGAGCUGGCUCCUGUGAAAUUCACCUUGUGUUCAGGAGGCUUCAUUUAGACCCUGGGACUUUGGCCUCAAAGAGGUCUGAGCUCAAAAUGAGUUUUAGACAAACCAAGUGUGAAGCCACUGGAAUAUAACGUCUUACUCAGGAUCUGCUAUAGCUGUGAGCAUCUAAGUUCUGCUAAUGAUUCGGGAUGUUAAAAGUCUUUUUAUUGAAGCUUUAAUAGGAAUAAGGAAGUAAUGAGUAACUAAAUAAAAUUACUCUGCUGUUAUUUAGAGUUUAGCUAAGCAGUUUCUGUACAGGCUUAUUUUAUGGUCCAGAAUAUUGAACAUUGAUUUUUUUUUCCUUUCUUCAAACAUUACACUUGGAGAAUUUUAAGCAUUAUAGUGGUAUAAAACCUUGUGCUGUCUGUUAGCUUGUCCUCGGGUGUGCAGGAGAAUUCAAGAUCUGAAGAGUCAAACUAAAACUUUAAAAUAGCAAGGGUACCUUCCUCCCAUGGCCAUUGUAAUCCAUACUUUGACAUGUGGAAAAACUGUAUUUUCCUUCCCACCCCUGCCAUUCCAAGCACCUCUCCAAAAUAAAGCCCCCAGCUGUAGGAAGAUGAUAUAAUAAGGUCAGUAUCAAACUGGUCAGAAAGAGAGAGUUUACAGAAGGGAUGGAAUAAUAUGGCAAAGUCUCUUGAAUUCUUCAUUGCAUUAUAAGACCUGGAACAAUUCUUGUAUUUCAUGCAGUUGUGGUGUCAAUUACUUAUGGUUUAUGCAUUGGUAUGACUUGCUACUACAGUCCUAAAUAUGAUUAUCAUUCCUGAUUGAGAAAAAUAAAUUACGAGUAAAGGCAAA